AUCUCACAAAAAGCAAGAAGGUACAAACGGAACGAUAGCCUAUGAAUUCGUUACAUUGUCGAAACAUAGAAAUCUGUCUUGAAAAGACGAAAGCAACUCCGUCGAAUUUUCCCAGUGUUGUCAUGCUAAUUCCAGGACAUUAUUUAUUUCGUGUUUGAACUUUGGGUAUAAAGAGUGUUGGGAGCACGAAAGCAUCAGUUUGCCUUCUUGAUUUACAAAUUUUCCUGCUACUAUGGCUGAUGGCAUAGGAAUGGAGGCCGAUCCUCGCAUUAGUGUGCUUGGAAUAGAGGCUGAGACCGGUGAAUCGGGAGAUAUUCAAGAGCCACUCCAUCGUCCCCCACCAACCAUUGACGAUAUUGAAAUACCACCACCACCCCCUCCAGAAGAAGAUGUUGUCCCACCACCACCAGAGGAACAAACACACCCUCCACCAGUAUCUGGGGAUCAGCCACUCCCUCCACCAGUAUGUGGGGAACAGGCACCCCCUUCACCAAUACGUGGGGAACAGGCACCCCCUCCACUACUCUCAGAAGACACACCAGCUAAGAUACCCCCAGAGGAGGACACACCCCUUCCACCACCCAUCAAUGAGGACACACCCUCUGGCAUACCCCCUCAGAUGGAGUCUACUCCCGCCUUAACAUGCGGUGACCAUGGUGACUUGGAACCCAUUGAAGUUGAUGAAGUCCCUGUAGCACCUGAAGACCAACCGGUCACGGGUCCCCAAGAUCUUUCAGAGGUUCACGAGGAAGGGGUAGACCAGUACCCUCCUACCAUUGACUGUGGAUCACCUCUUCCUCCAUACAAUGACAGUGGCGUAGAUGUUCCCUCUAUGUCUACUGCUGAUGCAUCGGUGCUGGAAGGGAAGGAACUUCACAGCGAAAUUGAUGAAAUCCAAAUAGAAGUUCCUGAUGAUACCUCCAAUGGUAUACACAACGCCAGCACACUCCCGUCCAAACGAUCAAUGGGAACCACCACACCGACCGCCAACCAGCACUCGAAGCUUACCGGCUACAUCGAGAUGUCUCCAGAGGAAACCAAAGCAGAGAUGACCAGGGUGUCAACGUAUCGAAGGGAAGCCGUGAUGUGGGUCACCAUCUUCCUUAUGCUGGCGGGAGCUAUUGCCGUCAUCUUCUACUUCACCUUCAACAUCGUAAAUCUUUCUGAUGCUUCACUUCCAGAUGGACAAUUCAGAGUUCGUGCUGUAGUGAUUCUAGACCACCCUUGGGAAGAAACUUUAGCGACUUCAUCGACCACAGAAAGCAUAGAAUUAGCCAAUAAUAUCACAUACGGUAUAAAUUCAACGUUUACUGAUCAGAGUUCUUCGUUCAGAGACAUCUUCCUGGGCGUAGAUAUGUUUUCAUUUUCGAAUGACGACGGUGGCAUUCGAACAUCGUUUCAAUGUAUCUUCAGUGGUUCUCCAUCAGAUGACAUCUCGACCAGACAUGCCUUCACCGAACUGUUCGUUGCCGAGUUGGAAGACGGAUUCGAUGACGACAACUUUUUCGACCUCGAGUUAAGUGCGGACGAAUCGGUGGAUGUUUUUCGAUUCGUAAAAUUAUGA